CGGCUGCUGCCUAGAGAGCCAGACACAGAGCAAGAAGCGGAGGCAGGGCGCAGCAGAAGCUGUCAGAAGAGGUGGGGAAUUGAGUCCCAGAGAGAGAAAGAGAGAGAGAAAAAGAAGGCAAGCAGGAGCUGGGCUUGGGCACAAAGCAGUCCCCAAGCCUGAGUGCGGACACCUGCUUCCCUGAAAAGACUGGUGAAGCAGAAAGGCCUUAGCCAGAGCUGCUUCUCAGGAGGGGGCAUUCUGGAAGAAGACUGUCCCUGACCACACCCUGCCACCAGCUGCCUGGAAAGACUGUCAGGAGGGGACAUCCUCCUUGGACAUUUAAAAAAGAACUCUUGUCAGAGAAACUGUUGGCGAAAGUUCAGUAUCAUCUCACCAGGAUCUUCUGUACCACGCAGGCUGCUGGGAAGAAGUCCCCACGUGCCUAAAGAAAGUUUAGGACCAUCCCUGGUGGCUUAGACACCAGACUUCUCUUUCUGAAGGGAGACUGCGCAGCAGGAUGACUGAAAACUCUACCACGGCACCUGCUGCCAAGCCCAAGCGGGCCAAGGCGGUCAAGAAGUCCACGGACCACCCCAAGUACUCUGACAUGAUUGUGGCCGCCAUCCAGGCUGAAAAGAGCCGGGCUGGUUCUUCACGCCAGUCUAUCCAGAAAUACAUCAAGAGCCACUACAAGGUAGGGGAGAAUGCAGAUUCCCAAAUCAAACUGUCCAUCAAGCGGUUGGUCACCACAGGUGUCCUGAAGCAGACCAAGGGUGUCGGAGCUUCAGGUUCCUUCCGCCUGGCCAAGAGUGAUGAACCCAAGAAGGCUCCAGUCAAGAAGGCCAAAAAGGAAGUCAAGAAGGCUACAACACCCAAGAAAGCCGCUAAGCCCAAGAAAGCUGCUGCCAAGUCACCGGCCAAAAAGCCUAAGCCUGCAGCCAAGAAAGCCAAAAAGAAGCCAGCACCAGCUCCAAAGAAAGCCAAGAAGCCAAAGACUGUCAAGGCCAAGCCGGUGAAGGCCUCCAAGCCUAAAAAAGCGAAAGCCUCCAAACCCAAAGCAAAGUCCAGUGCAAAGAAGUCGACCAAGAAAAAGUGAGGGGCGAGUUUGGGACUUCUUUCUUGGAACUUCUUCUUGACCUCUAUUCUGUAAAUAGAUUUCUUCUUUAUUCUCUACUCAUUUCUAUUGCAGCUUUAUAAAGACUGAACAAUUCUUGCCCUAUACUUUAAAAAAAAUAUUCAUAUGGAAGCUACAUUGGGGGUUUUGUUUUGUUUUUCUAUUGUAAUUUGAAAGAUUUUUAUGUCAUUAUUUUAUUUCCCUUCUCUAUUAAGGUAUGCAAUACAUGUGUCUAAGCAUGAGGGAAGAUUAAUGAGGGAAAUCCUAGUGUUCUUAUUUUUGGAGGAAGAUUUGAGAAAUAUUUGAUGGAGGGGAUGUGUUAUAUAUGGUGGGCCUCCUUUAAUUGGAUCUCCUCGACUGAAUAUACCCACAACUGAUCAUUGUAAAUGCCUUUUAAGAAAAACAA